AUGGCCUAUUAUUGUUGCCUCGCCAAACCAAUGCUGGCAGAGAACCCAGCUAUCGGGGAGGCUAAUGCCGACUUCAGCAGCAUGCCGCCGAGUGCACACAGUUUCGCUAGGAAGAUUAAGUUAGACUGGCAGAACUGCUUACAGACAGAGACUGAGAGCACCGCAGAGCUACUCAAGUACCCGGAGAUAGAAGCUGUGCUGUAUGAACACCAUAUCAAUCGAGAGAGACUCGAACCGAUCCAGGAGAACAUGCUGUUUUGGGUCCUUCUACCAGGUGACUCGAACAGAAACAGGGGGGUGAUCCCGCAAACCUUUGCGGAAUCCGGGGAGAGCUAUGUGGAUAAAGAGAGUGCCACGGCAAUACGCAAUACGUUUGAGAACAACAAGGUUAUCGAACUAGACUGGACGCUGGAUCUGUGUGACAAUCCUGAAGUCGGUGUUGGAAGAAUGGACUUCUUGUGUGGUCCUAGGGCCAAUGAACGAUUGUUGGAAUACAACGGCAUUCUAUUUGAAGGCUGGGCCCUGAAAGCGCUCGGGAUGAAUACUGUCAGAGACAAACGAGAAGUCCAAGAUGUACUCGACCGUCUCAUGGCUGCCAACCGCGACAUUGUGGACGAUCUCGACACGGGGAAUAGACCUACCUUUCAAAAUCCACUACGAAAUACAUGUGGGAGUUCUGAUGACCGUUUGGAAGACGAGCAAAGUCUCCCAAACGAGGGCCAUGGUGGUCAGAAUCUGCGUGGCCCGUUGUCAUUGGGGAGACUGGGAGCGAAGGGAACCCACUGCGUCCACCAUAUCGCGGUAGUCCAAACGAGUGUUCUUUGGACAGUGGAUGAACGGCCAUUCGAGAAGCUCCGACAACUGAGGAAGAAACAUGUCUUGCAUACUAAAACAACGCUGAACCAGAAGCAUGCUAACAGCCUCGAUAGCGAAAACCUCGCAGUAAGCCUCUACUACUUUACGUGCGAGAAGCCAGGCACUUGUCGACAGUACAAUAUGGACACAAGAUUCAAGAACGGAUCAUGGCUUCUAGUCCCUGGUGGAGAAGCUCACAAAGGAAAGACUCCCCAGCUUAGGGACGCAAACGCUCGUGCUAAAGACAACUCGUACUACCGCAGAUGCCGCAUUACGAAUGAGUUUGGUCACUUAAUGGUAGCAGCAGACACGAUCAGUACAUCGACAUUCAGAAAAGAGCUGGAGAUCGCCUGGGCAGCAUCCCAAACAGCGAUCCUCUUCGGCAAUCAUUAUAUCUUGCGACGACAGUCUCAUCCUCUACAACCUACAGUCCCUGACAUCGCAAAACUACUGAGAUUUUCGCUCCUUGCCGGGUAUGAUCUCUACGUUACAAUUUACUAUGUGGAGUGCAUCGUGAUGGCGAGCACAGGCAGUAUCUACUGGCUUAUAAACCCGGACAUACAGGAGCUUGUGGCCUGGGUGAUUGCUCGGUUGGGGUAUCUACCUCCACAAGAUUGGUUUGCUGGUCUGUUGAAUGGAUGCAAUGGACAUCCAGGGCUACAGCCCCUGUCGGGUCGCGAGUGGCGCUGGAUAGCGCUGCUGGUUCUUGGAACUCGUACACAACUACGCGAGGCUAUCCUCGUGACUGGGGUUUUUCGGCUUCUACCCCGCAACCCGAUGCGUGGAACAUGUGUUAUAAUCAACAGAGACCUUGGAACGGUGUCUUUCGGUGGAUCCAAAGCUCAACAUUGGAAGAUAGCAGACAAGGCAAACUCCAUCGUGUCUGGACCAUGGUUGACAGUGGGCAACAACCUUGAUUUUUCCUCCCUGGGCGAGAGGAGGGUAACCUCCAGUUUCGUGGAAGAGAUCCCACACGUGGUGCGUCCCCUUUGGCCGCUAGAAUAA